UGUUACCUGUGCCCGAACAAAUACAGUUUUGAUGAAGAGACAUAUGAAGGAGGCGAAUUCGAACUAAUUGCCAAGGACGACGGUGUCAGGUAUGCUCAUGGUCUUUGCGCAAUGUUUGUGCCAGAGACGGAGAUCGCUAGCUCGGAUGGAUCGGAUAAUGAUUGUAAAAUUAUCGAGAAAGAGCCGAUACCUAAGUUCAGGUUUGAGACGGAAUGUCAAAUUUGUCACACCAAGCUAGGCGCAUGCGUAAAAUGCCAGGAGGAAGGUUGUACAAAGUACUUUCACGUUUCUUGCGGGGAUCUCCAUGGUAAUCAAUUAAAAGGGAUCGAUAUUGCAGGUAAAAUAUAUUAUGUGAUCCAUUGUAAAAUCCAUGAAAAGACAAGGCGAAUAGAAGAAGACUGUUUUCGUCGUUUAAUCCAAGUAACGACUUUUGAUUGGUUUGGUGAGGUGGAUAGGAUUUUCGAUGCGUCCGCGUUACUCAUGCAGCACUUGAAAUGA